GAAAGAGAGAGGAGGGAGGCAGGCAGAGAGAGAAAACCAGCAGGCAGGCAUUAUAGCAAGUCAGAGUGGGAGUGAAAGAGCACCGGCCAACAGGGUGGGGAGAGAGACACAGAGAUAGAGAGAGGGUGAGUGUAUGUGUGGCCAGAGAGAGAGAGAGAGAAGACAGAAAGGCUGCUGAAGAGCUUGAGGGCGACGACAGAGUGGGAGCGAUAGAGUGCUAGAUAAUGGAGGUGCAGGCGGAGUGUGUGGAGCCUCCUGUGGCCCCUCAGUGUGACCCUCAGCCCACAGGGAAGAUCAACAAAGCUGCCUUCAAACUCUUCGGAAAGCGGCGCACCGGGUCUGGGAUGGCCAGCUUCUUCUCCUUCAGGAACAAAGGGACGACAAACAGCGGGAGCAACGGGAAUCCUGACAAUGGGAAUUCUUUGAAUGGAAAUGGCUCAGCGGCAUCAGUGGAGCUCGUUCGGAGCAAAACCCACGAUGGACUAACGGGCUCUAAUAACGAUGCCGAUGGACCGAGAGGGGAGGGGCUUGCCAUCCUGGAGGCAGGACCGGUGAGGUCCUUCAGCAAAUCCCUGAGUUUCUUCUCUCUACUUCGACGUGGGAGUUUUCGGUCGAGUGCAAAUGGAGGGGCAGGGCUGGUUAAAAGAGGAAGGGGCUUAAAGGGCUUUUUUAGCAGCAUGCGAUGGAGACGCAAGGAAAAAACAAACGAGGGAGAGGGGGUAGAGGUGGAACGGAAGACGGAGAAGGAUGUGGAUAUUGCCGACUCUGAUAAAGUAAAGGAUAUUACGCUCACCCUUGAACCGCCUCCUCAUCAUCACCAAGUGGAUUGUGGGAAUGCAGAGGCAUCCCCUAACUCAGAGACUCCCACUACUACUGUUACCAUGACACCACCACACUGUGCUGCUGUGCCAGGGCAAUCUGUUGAGCCAGAUUCCCUCUUUCCUGACACACCCACUGACUCGCCACUGGACCCUCCCAUCCAAAAAGCCAAAGUAUCAAUUUCCAGCCUCACCCCCUCCCUCGCUACACCCCCUUUGGAUCGCUGCAGCACGGGUGACCCACCCUCUGAACCUUCGGUGGACCGCCUCUGCUCUCUCCUCUUCACUGACGUCACAUCCCUCAAGAGUUUCGAUUCACUGACCGGCUGCGGUGACAUAAUUGCUGACGCAGACGAGGAAGGGCCAGCGGGCAACGGGGGCAGUGGCACGAGCAGCAGCAGCAGUGGGGGAGGAGGGGGCAGCGUGGGAGCGGGCGUCGGGAGAGCUGUUGGUAUCGCCAGUCCCACAUCUCGUGGCUCCCCAACCAAACCCACUCUGCCUUCGCAGCUGACCCAGCCCAUGUUCUCUGUUCCCACAAGCUCAGUGCCUCCUCCCCUCCCGGCCCGGGCCCGGGCACCUCUUCCACCGCAGCAGCAACCGGCUGGUAGCGGUGUGGUGGCCUACAUGGGCGGAGGGGAAGAAAUGGCAAGUCCAGAGGGAGUGGAUGAUGCCGACAUGCAGGGGCUCUGGCACAUGCUGCCCUCAACAGGUGACAACUCUCCUGCUUUGCCUCGAUCACAUCAACCUCCCUCGACAACCCCAACUUGUACUUAUCCCCCUCGUGCCAUGUCCCACCCCGCCAGCAGCCACCUGCUCUCAGCCCACAGGAGUGCGGACCGCAGGUUACCCCUGGUGAAGGCACUGGGGCUCAGUAAGAUUCCAGUCGUCGGUGCAGCAGGAGGCCGUGCGGCUUACCUCCCCGUCCCUCACACGCACGGUCGGCAUCCCACAUCACCUGGAGAAAAAGAGCCGCUGAGUGAUGAGGGUUACUGGGACACGCCGUCCGCAACGCCCACAGCAGCACCCGAUGAGAGCGGGCUGCAGCGUAACCAGAGGACGGCCCUGUCCCGCGACAGCUACUCUGGAGACCACCUGUACGACCUCUACACCGACCCUGAAGAGGUAGGAGAGGAUAUAGAGCUGGAGGGAGAUGAAGAUCUAAACAGUACUCCCUCUCCAUCCACUGAAUACAAACUGAGCCCCACCUCCGAAACAACUCCUCCUUCCUCUUCCUCCUCUUCCUCUUUCCAAUCAAUGAAAGGCAGCACAAGCCUUCCUCGGGAAUCCAAGAUCCCAGUAAGCAGCAGACAAACCCCACCUCCCCACUCUGUAAGCCAGUCAGCCCUCUCGUCUGUUCUAGAGGCUGAAUCCCCUCCACCAAAGACCCAGGCGCUUCCCCCGGCCCGCACCAGAAUCCCUGUCUCCAAGGUGCCCGUCCGUCGUUCUGGAAACAAACCUGGCAACACAACCAGAGGAACUGCCCAUAAGAAGUAGCCCCUGUCGCCCACUUACAAAGAGACUUGAGUGUACAUCACUUCAGUGCUGUUAAUGCAGAGUUUUCCCACACCAAACGUUUUCCCAGACCAAGACAAAUGUUGAGCUGUAGAGUUAACGGCCUCUAAAUUCCUCUGCAAUCUUAAAAGCUCUCAUUCCUGAAGUGUUUUGGCCUACGGCAGGCUGGGAUAGAAUAGGUGGUUUUGUUAACUUGAGAAAUUCACGAGGAGACUCAAAAAGCUGAGUGAACUCUUCACAGCCCUCACUGGAACUUAAGAGGUUGACUUUUGACAAUCCAUCGACUCGCUAUCGACACAUUUGCCUUGUAACUUCCUGGAAAAGCUCCUGACCUGCUGAGAGUUUGACAGCUGAUGUCUGCACACUGCAAACAAGGGGAAAAAGCAGAGCACCUUUUUAUCUUUUACAUUUUUACAAUGGAAUUCCACACGGCAUAACAUAAUUUGCUUUUAUGGACCUAAUCUAAUCAACGUUGUUUUUUUCUGAGUUUGUCAUCUUGUCAAAUCUGUAACAAAUUACCUCCUAAUCUUUUUGAUUUUAGAGCCAAAGUCUCAAAAUAAUCCCCUCUCAUUUCCCCUGAACAGACUCAACGAGACACACAGCCUGGAAUAACCCACCAUUUUUUGUUUUGCUGUUUCUUUUGCUUUUUGAUGAUGUUUUUUCUUCUGACCGCACACUGAUUAUUAAACUGUAUGUGCAAAAAUAUGAAUGAACACUGAGAUCUGGUUUUAUUAUGUUUCUACUUUGCAGCUACAAAUGUGUCAAAGUUCCACAACAGAAGGCCACACAAUAUCUUCUUUUUUUCUGGAGGGGGAGACCUCCUCUGUUUUGACUGGCGAUUAUAAUAAUCAUUGUUAUUAUUAUUAUUGUGGAUGGACUAAGUUUGGCUUCAGCCUCUUGCUUCUGGAUUGUACUAAUACUGCACUGCAUCACUGGGAUGUCAACCUCUGGGAUUUACAACUGUUGCAUUAACAAUGAAAACCUGCAGAGCUGUCGCCAUACUCCCUUGCACUGAUGCUUCGAUGCACACACAUACACACAUACAAUUUCAGACAUGCACACACACAUUUUCUCUUCCUCUCCGCAUGCAGUGUCACACGUACAAGGCACAAAGGUCAGGGAACGUCAUCUAUUACUGAAUGACCUUAGUUACACACACUGUUCAACCGUUGUCUCCAGAGCUACACUGGAUGACUUUCUUCUCAAAGGACACAUGCACAAUCAAACCAUUUAAAAAAAAUAGUUUGUACUUUCCUCUUCAUUGGAUUUCAUUCUGUUUUUAUACAGUCGACUCCUUCAUCCUGAAUCCUACUGCUCGGAUCUUAAACUGUGAUUGCACCAGCUUCUUAAGGCUCUGCUUUCUGUUCUUUGCCACUAACAUACUGUACAAGCUGAUGUGAGCGGAUGACAAGGAAGCAUUCUUGCUGUCAGCUAAGCUAGUUCUAGAGAACCAGAAUAUGCCUGCAAGUGUUUUAAAGAAGGAGGUGACCCCAACAAAAAAACACGAGGAAAUUCUAACAGGGUGUCAGAAAUAAAAAAUGCUUCUGAGUCAAAUGAACUGGAUCACAGCUUAAAACAAAAAGCAAAACGUGUGGACUAAUGCUCAAUCAGUUCAUUCUCUACACUGUGGUGCUUGUAAACAUUGUACAACUUCAUCUCAGGGACCCCCGCAGCUGUGUGUGAGAUUCUGAAUGUAACUUGGCCUCAUUGUAACUCAUUGGUCAGCUGUGUUGGUCUCUUUUCCUCUCUGUCCCUCUUUUGUGGGGGCAAGUGGAAAUGGUGGAGUCACUGUUUUGUAAGUCGCCCACGCUCUGAACAAAGACGACAUACUACUGUACAGUGGUGAGGCUCGCAAAGCACCACUUGUUUUAAGAAUGAGGGGGUGUAUUGCAGUCCUAAAAGGCCUUUGUCUGUGAUUCAGUGAGACAAGUUAAAGGGAGCAGAGUGUUCCACCCUCCAGUUACAGAGUUUUAUAGGGAAAGACAUUCGAGAUGAUGCAAGUGGUCUGUAAUCCUAACCACAAGGAUACCCCUGACACUUCAUGGUAGCUUUCCCUCUCAUUUAGAAUGGGAUGAUUCAUCCACCACACUGUUCCGUGUUCAGAUAUCUUUUCAGCCUUCUCAUGGUGUAGUGCGGCACAGGCCAUGGCGUAACCUGAUCCCAGGUCUAGUGUUAGUAAGUUUCUCAUUCUCAUCUGAUGAAUAAGUGCAGGCUAAAAGGUCCAAAACUGUUGCCCUAAGGGGCUGCAAAUCAUCAUUUCAGUUUCUGACACUGUCACCAAUCAGAUUAUAUUACUGUUAAGAUUAAGUAGGGUAUCAUGACCUGUACAAGGAAUGAUCAUAUGUUGAACAGGUUUUUGUUUAUAUAAGGUUUCCUCCUCCCACAUUGCUGCAGUUUGGUGUUUUAGUUGAACUUUGUUUCAAGUGUGGCAGUGAAACUUAAAGUGUGGAUACCUUGACCUGUUGACCGGCCCUUAUGUGGUAAUUUGCUGUGAUGGAAAAGCAUAUUAUGUUUUCCUUUUUUUAACCGUCUGUUUGUUCACAGUGUGAAAUCUUUCCACUUUUCAUAUUUAAUGAAUAAAACUGUUUGCGCUGAUA